UUUUUGUCUCUGGUUUCUCUCUCUCUCCUAAUAGAAAAUUGAAAGAUUCCUCCCUCCUUCCCUCCCUCUAUAGAUCUUCACGUGAAAUUCAUCAGAGAAAGCUCCAACGUUUGAUCUUUCUUACAGAAACCCCAUUUUGAAUCUCUCACCUUGUUUAAACUUUUCCCUGUUUCAUUCUUGUUCUUAUUCUAUGCUUCUUCUACCUUUUACCCAUUUCAUUUCUUGCUUUACCUAUUACAAUGGAGGGUCAAAAUGUGACUCUCUUUAGAUUUUGUGACUACCCUUUUGAGUUUUUGAAUGAAAGAGACGUUGAUAGGAACAAGAAGAUGGAGAAAUGGAAUAAAGUUUUGGUUUUUGCCUAUUUCUUCCUUUAUCUUCAGCUGCUCAUUUGCUGUGUUCAACCAGCUUCUUGUGCAGAAUGGGAUGGUGUUAUAGUCACUGAAGCUGACUUCGAAGUUCUACAAGAAUUCAAGAGUGAACUUAUUGAUCCAAAAGGGUUUUUAAGGAGCUGGAAUGGCAGUAGUUACGGAGCUUGCUCUGGUGGGUGGAUUGGAAUCAAGUGCGCUCAAGGUCAAGUCAUAGUAAUUCAGCUUCCAUGGAAGGGCCUAGGAGGAAAAAUAACUGAGAAAAUUGGUCAACUUCAUGCUCUCAGAAAGCUCAGUCUCCAUGACAAUGUCAUUGGUGGUGAAAUCCCUCAAUCCUUGGGUUUAUUGCCUAAUCUCAGAGGCCUACAGCUCUUCAAUAACCGGUUUUCAGGUUCCAUCCCACCAUCAUUAGGCCUCUCUCCAGCUUUGCAAACUCUUGAUCUUAGUAACAAUUUACUCACAGGGAAAAUCCCAGACAGCAUUUCAAAUUCCACCAAGCUUUACAGGCUCAAUCUCAGCUUCAAUUUGAUUUCGGGUUCGAUCCCUUCUAGUCUCUCUCGCUCUCCUUCUCUUAUCUUUCUUGCUCUGCAACGCAAUAACCUCUCUGGUUCAUUAUCAGACUCUUGGGGUCCAACACAAAACAAUCCUACUUUCUUUCAACUUCAGUACUUAUCCCUUGAUCGCAAUUCAAUCUCUGGAACAAUUCCUGCUUCUCUGGGCAGGUUAAGUGAGCUUCGAGAGGUCUCCUUUGGCCAUAAUCAGAUAACUGGACCAAUACCAGAUAGUAUAGGGAGACUCUCUAGACUUAGGACUCUUGACUUAUCCAAUAACUCAAUUAAUGGAAGCUUGCCUGUUAGUCUCUCUAAUCUUUCAUCUCUUGUUGUUCUGAACUUAGAAAGCAAUAGGCUUGAUACCCAAAUCCCAGAAUUCCUUUACAGACUGCACAACCUUUCUGUUCUCAACUUGAGGAGAAACCAAUUUAAUGGCGAAAUUCCUUCAAGUAUAGGGAACAUUUCAACUCUUAGAAUGCUUGAUUUCUCUCAAAAUGAUCUCAGCGGAGAAAUCCCAUAUUCCAUAUCUAAUUUAAAAAGUCUCAGUUUUUUAAAUGUCUCUUACAAUAACCUCUCUGGUCCUGUUCCUUUACCACUCACAAGGAAAUUCAAUUCAAGUUCUUUUGUGGGUAAUCUUCAGCUCUGUGGAUACAGUAGCUCAACUCCAUGUCCAUCUGCAGCACCCCCUCCAAGUUUUCUUCCAGCAGAGAAAUCAAGGAAACACCAUAGAAAACUCAGCACCAAAGACAUAAUCCUCAUUGCAGCUGGUGCUCUACUCACUGUUUUGUUCAUACUUUUCCUUGUUCUUCUCUGCUGCUUGAUUAGGAAAAAGGCUGCAGCAUCAAGAGCAAAAAAUGGGGAAGCAAGAGGGGCUGCCGUGGGGACCCAGAAAGGGGUGCCUCCGGGGGCCAGAGAAGUGGAAGGAGGAGGUGAAGGUGGAGGGAAACUAGUCCAUUUCGACGGACCAUUGGCGUUUACAGCCGAUGAUCUUUUGUGUGCAACAGCAGAGAUUAUGGGGAAAAGUACUUAUGGUACUGUGUAUAAGGCUACAUUGGAGGAUGGCAAUCAAGUGGCAGUGAAAAGAUUGAGAGAAAAAAUCACGAAAGGUCAGAAAGAAUUUGAGAGUGAAGUGAAUUUGCUUGGCAAAAUUAGGCACCCAAAUCUUCUGGCUUUAAGGGCUUAUUACUUGGGGCCUAAGGGAGAGAAACUCCUUGUCUUUGAUUACAUGCCCAAAGGGAGUCUUGCCACAUUCCUCCAUGCUAGAGGAGCAGAAACACUAAUUGAUUGGCCAACAAGAAUGAGAAUAGCACAGGGCAUGACAAGAGGCUUGUUCUACCUCCACACCCAUGAAAACAUCAUUCAUGGCAACCUAACAUCAAGCAAUGUAUUGCUUGAUGACGCCACAACUGCCAAAAUAGCGGACUAUGGCCUCUCUCGCCUAAUGUCAGACGCAGCCAAUUCAAGCGUGAUCGCAACAUCAGGUGCAUUAGGCUACAGAGCACCAGAGCUUUCCAAGCUCAAGAAAGCCAACACGAAAACCGAUGUUUACAGCCUUGGUGUUAUAAUUCUAGAGCUAUUAACGGGGAAAUCUCCUGCAGAUUCAAUGAAUGGAGGCUUGGAUUUGCCUCAAUGGGUUGCCUCCAUAGUGAAAGAAGAAUGGACUAAUCAAGUGUUUGAUCUGGAAUUGAUGAGACAUGCAUCGACAAUCGGAGAUGAGCUGCUUAACACAUUGAAAUUGGCCUUGCAUUGUGUUGAUCCUUCACCUUCUUCAAGGCCAGAGGUUCAGCAAGUUCUUCAGCAGCUACAAGAGAUCAGACCCGAUACACCACCAGUCCUCAGCUCUGAGCCUUCUGGUGAUAAUGGAGCUGGAGUUGCUUCAACAAGUGACUAGAAUUUAGAAAGAAAGAAAAUUGAGCAGUGGGGAGUUCAAUUGUUCUUACACUGCAAUUCUUUCAUUCUUGAAUAUUGAGUUUUGCUUACCAUAAUUUCAACUCUCUGUAAAUACCACUAGUUUGCUUUGGAUUAAUGAAGUUAUUUGUGAUAGCUUCUUCCGAGAUUGACAAGCCAAGAUUAAACAAUUUUAUUUGAAAUGAUUCAUUGAU